CAGGCCCUGAACCAGCAGCCAUGCCUGUACACGGUGUGUGUAAGAACAUCAUGAGCGCUCGGCAGAAGGACCGCGGCUACGGGACGUCGCAGAACCCGGAUCGGUUCCAGCAGCAGGACUACCUGCAGCUGAAACAGAUCCUCCUGACCCAAAACAAGCUGUUCAGAGACGAGGCGUUCCCUCCAGACCAGCGCUCCAUCGGCCAGGGCAAGCUGGAGCCGGCGCAGCUGGCCCAAGUGCAGUGGCUCAGACCAAGAGACAUUGUGACCAAUCCGUUCUUCAUCCUCGAUGGCGUYUCCAGGUUCGACUUCGGUCAGGGACAAGUUGGAAACUGCUGGUUCCUGGCGUCUCUCGGAGCGCUGACCUUCCACAAAGAGAUCUUCAAGCUGAUUGUUCCUCUGGACCAGACCUGCCUGGGGAAGGACUACUGUGGGCUGUUUCACUUCAGGUUCUGGAGGUUUGGGAAGUGGGUGGAUGUGGUGAUUGACGACAAGCUGCCGACAGUCAGCAGGAAACCCAUCUUUGCCCGUUCCAAAGACGAGUGUGAGUUCUGGCCCGCUUUGAUUGAGAAGGCCUACGCCAAGGUUUGUGGAUCCUAUGCGGAUAUGACGUCUGGGACUCCAGCAGAGGCCAUGAGGGAUUUCACCGGCGGUGUCCACAUGUGCAUCCAGCUGUCAGAUCCUUCCCCUAAUCUCUGGAAGCUCCUGUGCAGAGCUGGACGCUCCAGGACGUUCAUGAGCUGCAGCUCCAUCCCAAAAACGGAAGCAACUACUGGCGACAGGCUAGCGAACGGACUGGUCCCGGGCCACGCCUACACGGUGACGGGUCUGAAAGAGCUGCAGAGCCAGGAGACGGCGGUGAACCUGGUGCGCCUGUGGAACCCCUGGGGCCACGGAGAGUGGAUCGGAGACUGGAGCGACAAGUCUCCUCUGUGGCAAAGCGUCAGCACAAAGGACCGCGAGAAGUGCCUCACUGUGGAGAACGAUGGAGAGUUUUGGAUGAGCCUGGAGGAUUGCUGCAGAUAUUACACCAACAUUGAAAUCUGCGGCAUGAGACCCGACUUCCUGGACGAAGACCCGGCCUGCCACUGGAAGACGUCCAUGUACGAGAACCGCUGGGUGGCAGGAACCACGGCUGGAGGCUACAUCAACCACACAGAGACUUUCUGGACCAAUCCCCAGUAUCGGAUCAAGGUCUCUGGAAAACCCAACUCCUCUCAGACCAGGAACACCCUGGUGUCUCUCAUGCAGAAGCCAGACAAGAGGAACAGGCGUUCGGCGCAGCUCCUCUUCAUCGGCUUCAUCAUCUUUGAGGUGUCAGAAAAAGAUGAGAAACGCGCCGGAAAGUUCCCGGCAUCGUUCUUCAGCAGCCAUAGACCCAUUGCCCAAACCAGGACGUUGAUGAAGAGCCGUGAAGUGACGGAGUUCCUCACGCUGAAGCCUGGAGAGUACGUCAUCGUGCCAUGCACCGACAAGCCCGACCAGACCGCCUCCUUCCUGCUGACCAUCUUCUCCCGGGAGGAGACCCGCUGCUAUGAAAACUCUGGACACAGUUUUAACAAUCCAGUUGGAAAGGUGAAGAAAGAGAAAAACUGCCAGGAUGUUGAAAAUAAAAUGCUGCUCCUCCGUCAGUACUCAGACAAGUAUGAAGAAGUCGACGCUGAGCUGCUGCAGCAGCUUCUGAAAGGUUUGAACAUGAAUGACAAUAAUUCACAGCUUAUGAAGAUGCUGCUAAGACGAAUAACCUCUGACCUUUUCCCUGCAGGUGACCUGAUAUCAGGAAGCUUCAGCAUCGACGCAUGUCGCAGCAUGGUGGCUCUGAUGGAUGAAUCUGGAGACGGGAAGCUGGACAGUCAGGAGUUUGGUUAUCUGUGGCACAAGGUUACGAAAUAUAAGCAAGUUUUUGCAAAAAUGGAUGUUUCCCAAACGGGAACGCUGUCACUGACGGAGCUGAGGAAUGCUUUGAGAGACUCAGGUAUGAGCAUCAGCGAUGAAUUGCUCAACCUGAUGGCGGUUCGCUACGGCGCCUCCUCGGGUCACAUGACCCUGGAGAACUUCAUCAGCCUCAGCCUUCGCCUGAGCCGCAUGAACAAAAUCUUUACGGAGCUGUCGGAUGGGAGAAACGUCACACUGUCCAGGCCAGAGUGGCUGUUCCUCUCCAUGUACACCUGAAGCAGCAGGUAGACGACAGGAGAGAAGAUCUGCAGGAACACUUUGUUGGAAUUUCAGAGGAAAUGUAGCUGUUUUCUCUUUUUCAUAAAAACCUUGUGUGGUGAUUUGCUUUGACUUGUCCUCCUUUAAAUGGUUACAUUUUGAAGAA